AUGAAUGUUUUACAUAAUCAAUCAAACAUAAAUCCAGCUUGCUUACCAACUCCAAAUCCAUCAUCUCCUAAUUUUGCAGCACGCUUUCGUGCAGAUGUGGUACAACUUGUGGAAACAGACAACAAGCACAAGCAUACUGGCACGUGUUACAAGUAUUCUAAUCCUAAACAAGGUGACAAGAAAAUUUGUCGACUGCGUAUGCCACGCAAAUUAGUACCAGCUUCGACGAUUGAUCCGGAUACCGGUCAUAUCUCCAUGCGACGAUCCGAUCCAUGGAUUAACAAUUUUAAUGAAUACAUCAUCGCAGCCUGUCGAUCCAAUAUGGAUAUUAAAUUUAUUUGGAGUGGUAGUGAUGCAAAGGCUCUAGUUUAUUAUAUUACUGAUUAUGUGACAAAGAUGAGUCUCUCGUUUCAUGAUACAUUUGCUCUUGUACAAAAAAGUAUUACAUCAUAUAUGAAUUCAUCGUAUCAAACAGACAAAGAAGAUGCAAUCGAAAAAUCGCGGAAGCUCGUUCUACGAUGUUACAAUGCACUUGCUUCUCAACAAGAGCUAUCCGGGGUACAAGUUGCUUCCUAUCUCAUGAAUUGGGAUGAUCAUUACACUAGACACAAGUUCCAAGGCCUCUAUCUUAUUCAAACUGAAAGGUAUUUACAAACACAGUUGAAUGAAAAACGUUCCAAAGAGAAAUUACAGCUUUCAAUACAUGGUAAGCAUGCUUUUCUUUUUAUUUAAUUUAACUUUAAAAGCUAUUAUUAAAAAAUGCAGUCAUAAAACAGAAUAGGAAGACAAGGAGAAAAGUAGAAAAAAUUACGUUAAAAAUUGUUCUGUUGGCUGUUUUGUUCGUUAAAAACCUCUUUGAUAUCUUUAAACUUCACGACACAGCACAAUUAAAAAGACUCAAUAAAAUUCAUUUAGUGUAACGACUAUACUAUCUAAAUGAUAGAGUAAAAAAAUCUUCUAGACUGUAUUACUACUGUACAUAUGAAUGCGAGAGACAGUCCAGAUCACUGAGAUUAAGAUAUCUUAAUUUAAUAGACCC